GGUGCAGUGGCUCAUGCCUGUAAUCCCAGCCAGCACUUUGGGAGGCUGAGAUGGGAAGAUCACUUGAGCCCAGAAUUAGAGACAAGCCUAUGGAAACAUAGCAAGACACCGUCUCUACAGGGGGAAAAAAAAAAAAAAGAAAGAAACUGAGCCUUAAAGAGAUGAAAUAAAUUAAGCAGUAGGUCCAGGAUGCAAAAUCCUCCCAAUUCCUCUGCAUGCGCUCUUAUUGUAAGGUGCCAAGAAAAACUGAUUUAAGUCACAGCCCUUGUUUAAGGGGCACCGUUUCUUGUUUUUGCACUGAAUCAAGUCUAACCCCAACAGCCACAUCCUCCUAUACCUAUACAUCUCAUCUCAGGAAGUGGUGGUGGCGGUAGUCAGAAGGAAAAAUAACUGGACAUCUUUGUGUAAACCAUAAUCCACAUGUGCCGUAAAUGAUCUUCACUCCUUAUCCGAGGGCAAAUUCACAAGGAUCCCCAAGAUCCACUUUUAGAAGCCAUUCUCAUCCAGCAAUGAGAAGCUUCCAGGUAGGACAGAAAGAAGAUCCAGCUUCAGCUUCACACCUCUGUCCCCUUGGAUGGGGAACUGAGGGAAAACGUCUGUUGUAUCACUGAAGUUUUUUGUUUUGUUUUUAUACGUGUCUGAAUAAAAAUGCCAAAGUUUUUUUUCAGCUUCCUGUCUGUCAAAUGAAAACAUUUCGUAUGUUAGAUAAGAGAUCUGCUCCUCAGCAGUGGAUACUCACCUUUCUGUCUUCUGACAGUGCUACUCUGUCCCAUGAAGCUUUCUCUAGUCCUACUAUUACUUCUAUUUCUUUAGAACAAGCAUAGCGCAUAGUCCUUUUCAUUAAGGGUUUUAGUAGGAAUCUACAAGGCAACCAAUUGGGAAUAACAAAAAGAACCCACGUGCUUGAGGACUUAUAAAAAGCCCUAUACGUGUCUGGUCUCCUUCAGAGGCCAAACACUGAAACCUCCAGAUGCUUCUGAAUUCAUUAUCUUAGAAAAGUCACCAAAUCUUUUUAUUUUUUCACGGUAGGAACUCUCAACAAACAUGUCUUUCUGAACACUUCCCUUAGGUGCUCCAUCCAGGUGCCUGUUAUUGGAACAAUAAGGUCAUGUUACUUCAUUAGGAGUCCGGCCUAGUCUAGAUUGCGAGGCCUUUAAAUGGAUGAUCCCUCCGGUGUCUGGCUGCCCAGUUAGUCCAUGUUCCCCGCACCCUUGGUCUUCUUCCACCUGUCUGCCCCUCCCUGUUCUCCCAGCUUCGGAGGACGACUGGACCGGCUGGGCGGGUUUCGCCAGCCGACCCAGGGAUCCGAAGAAGGGCGCACCCAGCCUCCCCGCCCUAGGUGUAGACACUGCCCACCCGCUGCGGUUCCACUCUACUCCACCCCUGCCCGCGCGACUCUAAACCCAUUUCCCCGCCGUAGCUCCGCCCCUCUUCCCUCAGCCCGCCCCUCUCUGUUACUGGCUCUCGCUCAGCGUUCUUCUCCGUGGAAGUGGUUUUUCCGGGAGAUACCACGCUUCCCCUCAAGCUCCCCAACGGCUCCGCCUUCCCGCCGGAGCCUGACCCUUCCCAGCGUGCCCGGCGAUUCCGGCGUGCGAGGCCCUUGGAGGGCAAGGCCCCAGGGCCUGGUUUAGGAGCGCGAGAGGCAGGCUGGGAAUUGUAGUUCGAAAGCCCUCGAGAGCGGCUAGAGGCUGGCGGUGGAGAGGACUAGUUGUCCCAGCGUGCCCUGCGCCUCAGCCCGCGCGCUCGCAGCUUCUCGCUCUCGCCUGCCUGCCCGCUCCCUUGCUUGCUCGCGCUUUGGCUCGCCCUCUCCUCGAGGAUCGAGGGGACUCUGACCACAGCCUGUGGCUGGGAAGGGAGACAGAGGCGGCGGCGGCUCAGGGGAAACGAGGCUGCAGUGGUGGUAGUAGGAAGAUGUCGGGCGAGGACGAGCAGCAGGAGCAAACUAUCGCUGAGGACCUGGUCGUGACCAAGUAUAAGAUGGGGGGCGACAUCGCCAACAGGGUACUUCGGUCCUUGGUGGAAGCAUCUAGCUCAGGUGUGUCGGUGUUGAGCCUGUGUGAGAAAGGUGAUGCCAUGAUUAUGGAAGAAACAGGGAAAAUCUUCAAGAAAGAAAAGGAAAUGAAGAAAGGUAUUGCUUUUCCCACCAGCAUUUCGGUAAAUAACUGUGUAUGUCACUUCUCCCCUUUGAAGAGCGACCAGGAUUAUAUUCUCAAGGAAGGUGACUUGGUAAAAAUUGACCUUGGGGUCCAUGUGGAUGGCUUCAUUGCUAAUGUAGCUCAUACUUUUGUGGUUGAUGUAGCUCAGGGGACCCAAGUAACAGGGAGGAAAGCAGAUGUUAUUAAGGCAGCUCACCUUUGUGCUGAAGCUGCCCUACGCCUGGUCAAACCUGGAAAUCAGAACACACAAGUGACAGAAGCCUGGAACAAAGUCGCCCACUCAUUUAACUGCACGCCAAUAGAAGGUAUGUUGUCACACCAGUUGAAGCAGCAUGUCAUCGAUGGAGAAAAAACCAUUAUCCAGAAUCCCACAGACCAGCAGAAGAAGGACCAUGAAAAAGCUGAAUUUGAGGUACAUGAAGUAUAUGCUGUGGAUGUUCUCGUCAGCUCAGGAGAGGGCAAGGCCAAGGAUGCAGGACAGAGAACCACUAUUUACAAACGAGACCCCUCUAAACAGUAUGGACUGAAAAUGAAAACUUCACGUGCCUUCUUCAGUGAGGUGGAAAGGCGUUUUGAUGCCAUGCCGUUUACUUUAAGAGCAUUUGAAGAUGAGAAGAAGGCUCGGAUGGGUGUGGUGGAGUGCGCCAAACAUGAACUGCUGCAACCAUUUAAUGUUCUCUAUGAGAAGGAGGGUGAAUUUGUUGCCCAGUUUAAAUUUACAGUUCUGCUCAUGCCCAAUGGCCCCAUGCGGAUAACCAGUGGUCCCUUCGAGCCUGACCUCUACAAGUCUGAGAUGGAGGUCCAGGAUGCAGAGCUAAAGGCCCUCCUCCAGAGUUCUGCAAGUCGAAAAACCCAGAAAAAGAAAAAAAAGAAGGCCUCCAAGACUGCAGAGAAUGCCACCAGUGGGGAAACAUUAGAAGAAAAUGAAGCUGGGGACUGAGGAACGCCAGCAGAGCAGGGGGAUCUCCCUGCCCCCACCCCAGUUCCCCAACCCACUCCCUUCCAACAACAACCAGCUCCAACUGACUCUGGUCUUGGGAGGCGAGGCUUCCCAACCACGGAAGACUACUUUAAAUGAAAAAAAGAAAUUGAAUAAUAAAAUCAGGAGUCAAAAUUCAUCGUCUUCAAGCCCCUCUUUCUAGCCUUUUCUACUACUCUCUGCUUGGUCAAGGUUUGUGCCCUACUACAGAACAGGGCUAAAUUAGCCACCACCACUGAAAACUCAGCCGAAUUUUUUUAUACCACUCUGAUGUCAGCAUUUUUCCAUCUGUUUGGGGCUUUUUCCUCUUUUUUCCAUUCUCCCCAAAUAUUUUAUCUGGCUUCAAAAUUAAGAGGAUUAUUUUUCAGAUUGUUUUUAUUCAGUGUGGCCGAUUCCUCAUCUGAUUCAGGCUGUCCAGUCAGGCCCCUCCCAUUUUAGGAGCUGGAGCCUUCAUUUAUGAAGAGAUUCUCAUCUAUGAAAUGGAUCCUCAUUUGUAAAUCUUUUUUCUUCCAUUUUCACAAAGCUGUAAAGAAAUAAUCCAUCUCAACCUUACCCUUUUCUCUGGAGUCAGUGGGGUCUUUCCUCGCUCCAUCUUACACAAACCUGAGCUGGAAGCUCAGCUGGUUUUGUUCCCUGUUUGAAAUAUUGUGAUCUCCCUCCCUUGAAAGAAAAACCAAGAACCAGAGGAUAGACUGACUGAAGACACAACUCCUGGCUUUCUGAAGCUAUGGACUUGGAUUGGAUUGCUGGGGGUUUGUAGAGAAAGGUGACAAAUUUCAGUACCUCUGGCAUGCUGUCCCAGGAAACUAGGGCUCCCAGUAACUUAUGAGGUUUUUAAACACAUUGAAAAUUACAUGACAUUAAAAUAAAUUUGGAUUUGCUCAUAA